AUGCAGUUGAAGCAGCAGGAAAGUGGUGGUGCCCUCGACCAAAUCACCAUGCCCGAGGGCCAGACAACUCGCGCCGAGUUCACCAAGCAGUCCUCGACUCUCCCCUUCGGCCAGCUCGUGCCCCUUUCGUCGAUAGCGGGUCCUACCUAUGUCACCGGUCAAUUGCUCGUCCAGCAGAUCGCAUACGUCUUGUCCGACAAGAUCUUCUCCUAUUCCACCGAAACCUUCGACCUGGACGUUGCUGCAAAGAACUGGGCCGAGGAUGAAGACCAGAACAUCCAUGGAUACCCCACCGCUGUAUUGCCCCUCCAGACUCGCUCUGGGGCUGGCGCCUUCGCAUUGGGCUAUAUCUUCUCCAAGGACUUCGACCUGAGCAAGCGACACAUUCCCCAGACCCUGCUGGCACCGUCGCUCAGUAUGCGCCACCUGCGCACCGCCUUGGACCAGCUGGCUCUUCUCUACGGUGUGGCCAGUCCCUUCGUCGCCCAUGUCGCUGCCGCUGAUUACACUUCCGAGGGCGGCUUCGUCUCUGACUAUGGCACUGCUAUGCAGCUGGCUGAAGAGCUUGGUCUGGGACUGGUCUCGAGUGCUUCCGCCUACGAGUCUCAACAUAUGUCGCUCUUUGCCACCUUGAUGGCCAGGAUUCUGCCCACUCUCCAUAUCUAUGAUGGUGUCCGGACGUCUCGCGAGACACUGAGGGUCAUCGACGUUCUAAGCCAGACUGGCGUUGCCGAUGUUUUCAACAAGGUGUCCAAGACUGCUGAGAACCUCAACAAGCGCCUUGAUAUCGCUGGCAAGGUCGCCGAGCUCCUCCAGACCUUCAACGGCGAGCUUGGUACCGACUACGAGCCCUUCGAGUACACCGGGCAUGACGCACCCGAAACUGUCUUCGUUGUUUUCGGCAGCAUCGAAAUUCAGCUAGCCAAUCAAGUCGUGUCCAAAUUGGCUGCCGAGGGUGCCAAGAUUGGUGCCGUCAGUGUGCGCCUGUACCGACCCUUCAUUGAGGAGGCCUUCGUCAAGGCUCUGCCAAGCUCAGUCCAGAACAUAACCGUCCUGGGUCAGGUUAUCAACGAAGCUGCUGUGUCGGAUGCCUCUGUCCAAUCUGUCCUUUACUCGGAUGUUUUGACUGCUGUUUCCUUCGCAGGCAACUCGGCCACGAUCCCCGCUGUCACUGAUCUGAAGUACCCCGCAUCGCAAGUUUUCACCCCUUCGAGCUUCGCGGCGAUUAUUGCCAAUACUACGAGCAAGUCACCCGCUGAAGCCAUAACCCGGCUUCCGCAGCUUGAGUCUGUCGAGCAGUACGUCUUCUGGGAUACCGACGACUCGGUCGCACUGUUUGCCCCGACGGUUAUUGGCGCGCUGUUAUCCCGAGACUCGACGAGUAAUGUGUACUUGAACGAAUCGCACGAUAACCUCGUGCAAGGCGGUGUCAUUCGGACAGAUCUGCGAACAUCCAAAAAGACCAUUGAUGCCCCCUACCCCAUAGAGCAAGCCGACGUCGUUGUCGUGAACGACGAAAAGCUACUGAAAGAUGUGGCCGUGUCUCAAAGCGUCAAGGAUGGCGGCAAGCUUGUGUUGAGACUGCCAAACAUCAAGGAUGAGGAAGUUGAAAAGCGUAUGUCGUCUACGAUUCGGAAGGACGUUCAGGCGAGGAAUAUCGCGGUCUACGUUCUGGACAGUGCUUUAUCGCCAGCUUUCGAGGCCGAUACCACUGCUGCUAGACUGCUUGUCGAGCUUGCUUUCCUCAAGGUCGCAAAGCCGGAUCUCAAGCAUGAAAUUAUCGAGAAGCUGGCUGUUCUGGAGGGCAACGUUCAGAUUCUCGAGGAAUGCAUCGAUGCUCUUGGCAAGUGCUUGAAGCAGCUUGAAGUUCCCGAGUCAUGGGCUGAGGAUUCGGAUGAGGCCGCCCAGAAGCUUCCACACAUCCUGAAGAACAACAGCUUCGUGCCAUUUGAGAAGGAAGAAAUAGAGCAAGAACUGCCCCUUGCCAACUGGCAAGCGGCUGCGAAGGGUCUCGUGUUCAAGGAAGCCUACGCCACCAAGAUCAACCUGCGGCCUGACCAAACAGUCAACACCUACACCAUUCGCGUCAAGGAGAAUCGGAGACUUACUCCCACGACUUACGACCGCAACAUUUUCCACAUAGAGUUUGACCUGGGCACUUCCGGUCUAAUGUACAAGAUUGGAGAGGCCCUCGGUAUCCACUCCGAGAACGACCCAGAGCUGGUGCAUGAGUUUAUGGAGUCGUAUGGCCUGAACGGCGACGAUCUCGUCCAGGUUCCAUCUAGAGAUAACGCUGCUGUCGAAACCCGCACAGUCUAUCAGUCGCUGAUCCAAAACAUUGACAUCUUUGGAAAACCUCCGAAGCGGUUCUACGAGGCGCUGGCUGAGUUCGCGACUGAUGAGCCGGAAAAGAAGAAGCUUGCGUCUCUUGGCGCUGCUGAAGGUGCUGGGGAUUUCAAGCGCCGCUCCGAGGAGGACAUGCUUACCUUUGCCGACAUUCUGGACGAGUUCAAGUCUGCCCAUCCUAGCUUCCCGGAGCUUGCCCGGCUGGUCGGACCCCUGAAGCGCCGUGAAUAUUCGAUUGCCUCGGCCCAAGCCGUCACGCCCAACGCAGUCGCACUCAUGAUUGUUGUGGUUGACUGGGUUGAUACCAAGGGACGCACUCGAUAUGGUCAAGCUACGCGCUACCUCAGCCGCCUGCCAAUCGGGGCUACCGUGACCGCGUCCGUCAAGCCCUCUGUCAUGAAGCUGCCGACACGCGAUGACGCCCCCCUCAUUAUGGCCGGUCUGGGUACUGGUCUAGCUCCGUUCCGCGCGUUCUGCCAGUACCGCGCAAUGCAAAAGGCACGAGGGAAAGACAUCGGAGCCAUUCUCCUCUACCUUGGCUCUCGCCACCAGCGGGAGGAGUACCUCUAUGGUGAGGAAUGGGAGGCGUACCUCGACGCUGGUGUUAUCACGUUGCUCGGUGCCGCCUUUUCGCGAGACCAGCCCCAGAAGAUAUACAUCCAGGACCGCAUGCGGGAGACCAUGAGCGACAUCAUCAAGACCUACAUCAACCAGGAGGGUUCCUUCUACCUCUGCGGCCCUACCUGGCCCGUGCCCGAUGUCACUGACGUGCUGAUGGAGGCCAUCGCGACCGAAGCUAAGAUGAGUGGAAAGAAGGUCGAUGCCAAGAAGGAGAUUGACCGCCUCAAGGAGGAUGGAAGAUACGUGCUUGAGGUCUACUAG